AUGGAGGGGGAUAAUUCUUAUAUGUUUGGACCAUACAAGAUUGACAAUAAAGAAGUGUUCUACUCUACUCAUUUGUCUUAUGCCUUGGUCAACCUCCGCCCUCUUCUUCCUGGACAUGUGCUUGUCUGCCCAAGACGUGAAGUACAGCGCUUUGCUGAGCUUACUGCUGAUGAGACUAGUGACUUGUGGCUUACAGCACAAAAAGUUGGCAAGCAACUUGAGUCAUACCACAAGGCAUCUUCUCUGACAUUUGCAAUCCAAGAUGGACCCCAGGCAGGACAAACAGUUCCUCAUGUUCAUAUUCACAUCAUCCCGCGCAAAAGUGGUGAUUUUGAAAAGAAUGAUGAGAUUUAUGAUGCUCUGGACGUGAAGGAGAAGGAGAUGAAGCAGUCACUUGAUUUGGACAAGGAAAGGAAAGACAGAGGCAUUGAGGAGAUGGCUGAAGAGGCAGAUGAAUAUAGAAAACUUUUCUAGUGAAGAGGCAUAGACCAUCUCAUUACUCUCUUUAGAGCUCCAGCUGUUGCCUAACUGCUUUAUUGAUCACCAGCUAUUGUGUGGAUCUAACAUUUGGAUUUCUUAUAAACUAUGUAAUAACAUUCUGCUUUCACAUGAAGGAAUUCCCAUAUGAGAAGGGAAUUUUACUGAUAUAACUGAUGCUGUUGCUGUUUUCUCCUACACAAACUCGUUUCGUUUUUAUUAAAUGCUCUUUUGUUUGGAUGAA